AUGAGGGAUGGUAUAGCAAACAAGUGCUGUGUCGUGUGCACGUCGCAUGAGAUUGUGGCGAGUAUGCUGCUCGAAACGAAUGAGUUCCUUUCGGUCAAGGACGAUCAAUUGAUUGAUCCGACGUUGGCUUUGCCACCUGUUAGUGAGCAUAUUAGCCGCGCAAUCAGCGUGUGCAUGACGCUUAGUCGGCUCAUUUUGAAGAUCCAUGCGAAGGAAUACCAGCAGCUUUUGUUUACUUUGUUUGAGGAGCAUCUAUGCCCAAACUCUGCGAGAUGGCACUAG